UUCGCCUAGAGUGAUGAAAGUUGAAAUAUACCGAACGGUGAUUUUUGUCCUUCUACCACAAAUAAGAGCUGUGGACAUUGAGGUUUCGACGGCGGAUAAUAGGAAAUAUGUGAAGCUGAGUACGCAUUGCAUUGUUGCUGCAGGCAGAUCGUUCUACACAUUCCAGGUCAAGGCAAAGAACGACGCACAUAUUGCCUUAAUGAGCGAAGACGAUGACGCACGCCCUCUGUAUGAGAUUGUUAUUGGAGGCUGGGGAAAUAAAAAGUCAUGUAUCCGAACAGGUAAACAGCUUCCAUGCUUGAGUACCUAUCAACAAACAGUACUAAGUCAAACUGCCUAUAGGUUAUUUUGGGUGUCUUGGAUUGGAGGAUACAUCGUAGUUGGUGAAGGGGAUGUCGUUAAUAAGAACGUAUUUAUGAGCUACCAUCACUCAAAUCCGUAUCAUGUUAAUUUCUUUGCUGUGAUGACUGGAUGGAGUUCUAGUGGACAAUGGAAAUUCAGCAACGACGUGAGGUGCACUCUGCAAGCCUUCAACAAUACCAGAAUAGUAGAGAACUACACGGACUGCGUUGGAACCACGACGUACGAGUGUGACAGCGGUUAUUUUCUCCACAGUGGAAACUUACAACGCACCUGCUUCUCCAACAGGACGUGGUCAGGGGAACCUCCUUAUUGUAAACAAAUUUCAUGUCCACAAAUUUCAUCGACGGUCUCUUAUGCAAUCCAACACCAAGAUACAGAUAUUGGAGGAAACGUCACUGCCGUCUGCUCUGAUAACUUUCGUCACUCAUCCGGUCACCUGACCAGAGAGUGUACCUCUAAUGGGUCGUGGGAUGGCGAGGAACCUGUUUGCUUACGUUGCAGGUGCCCGUGUUCAUUGAUUGGUCAGCAGGGGUUCAACUCUUCAAGUGAACUAGAACAAAGACUUAAACAGUUGAAAAGGGAACUAGAGAUCGCUAAAAACUCCACAAGUUCCUUUUAUCGAAAGAGGAACUGUGCUUUGGACAAUCGACUUUCGUCCGCCAGCCUUGGAUAUUUGUGUGGCUAUGGUGUAAUUAUUUCCAUUGCUGUAUAUUUGGUGAUUCCAGAUUUAUCGAUAUUGUACAGACAUUUUCGAUUUGGAGCAGACUGAAAUAUUUCAACAACCAUUUGUGCAAGAUUAUUUAAUACACUUUUGUCGAAAUAUUCUCUUAGGUACUUAAUUCUUCAUGGUAUCUUGUUGCAUUUCUUCUACCCCGCCUACCCCUUUCCUAGCCUUUCCUGGCAUACUCUAAUACAUAUAAAGGCGUUCACAUCUUAUGAACCAUUGUGGCUGCUAAUCAAUCGAAGAAAAAGUGUUGAUAUUCCAUAAAGAACGGUGAAACACCAAUCAAACCACAGUAAGUUAUAACGUUUUCAAGAUUGACGAACAUUUAGAUAUUUAAGAACAAUUAAUCUGUUAUGUAAGACAUAUGUAUUUGUUUGUAUUAUUUUCUUCAACUUUAAUUCAGAAAACAUCGUCUUUAUAUCUAUUCACAAAUUAAAAAAAAUAACACAAAUUUUUAUAUGUAUGGGUGUGGGUGUGCGUUCAUUAUACUGAACGAAAGACAUUCUAUGUUCUGCAAUGAUUUCUUAAGUCUUCUCUUAGGUCCAUUAUUUGUACACGUUUACAUCUGUUUUUCUAUGAUUCAAUAACACUUUUCCUGUAGUAAAAAAAACAGCCGGUUA